AUGGGAAAAUUCAUCAGAAUCACCGCAUCUCCAUCUCUAUACGUCCGAUCAAAGCUCCUCUGUUUCUCACUUCUCUACUUAUUCACUACACUUUCUCUGUUUCUCUACGUCUCUCUCUCAAGAAACCAAUGCGUCUUUCGAUAUUCACCUUUCGAUCCGAUCCAAACAAAUAUCUUCUCUUAUCCUUCUUCUUAUGGUGAACACAAAUACGCUCUCCCCACUCACAGAUCUUCUUGCUCUUCCCCUGUUUUCUUCUCAGAUUACUGGACAGUGUUGAAUGAGAUACAGAGUAUAUGCAGCGACUCAUCAUCGUCGGAGAAGUUGAGAUACAUUAAUGGAAAAAGCGAAACGUUCGGUGGAAACUUUAGUACCCUGAAGAGAUUUUCUUAUUUUAACCAUUCGGACAAUGACGUUGAAGUUCCAUGUGGUUUCUUCAGAGAUUUUCCGGUCAGCUUCUCCGAUAGAGAUGAGAUGGAGAAAUGUGGACUAGUAGUUGCAUCAGCAAUUUUUAACGACCAUGACAAAAUCAGACAACCAGUCGGACUUGGAGUUAAAACCCUAGAAACAGUUUGUUUCUACAUGUUCAUCGACGACAAAACACUAAACUCUCUCUUCCACCACAAUGUCAUCCCUAAAAACAAUCCAAGAGAUUACAGAGUCGGCGCAUGGAGAAUCAUCAAAAUCUCAACGUCUGAAAAUCUAUACAUCAAUCCAGCUAUGAACGGGGUUAUACCAAAAUAUCUAAUACAUAGAUUGUUUCCAAACUCAAAGUUCAGUAUAUGGAUUGACGCGAAAAUCCAGCUCAUGAUCGACCCGUUACUUCUAAUUCAUUCUAUGUUAAUAGUGCCUGAUGUUGAUAUGGCGAUAUCUAAGCAUCCGUUUUUUGUAAAUACGAUGGAGGAGGCUAUGGCUACUGCGAGGUGGAAGAAAUGGGGAGAUGUCGAUGGGCUAAGGAUGCAAAUGGAGACUUAUUGUGAGCAUGGUUUGAAGCCUUGGAGUUCUCAUAAAAUGCCAUAUCCCACAGAUGUACCAGACAGUGCGUUGAUACUGAGAAAACACGGAAUAAGAAGCGACCUAUUCUCAUGCUUCAUGUUCAACGAGUUAGAAGCGUUUAACCCGAGAGACCAGUUGGCAUUUGCGUUUGUGAGGGAUCACAUAAACCCAAUGGUGAAAAUGAACAUGUUUGAGGUCGAAGUUUUUGAACAAAUAGUUGUUGAAUACAGACACAAUCUCAAGAAGAUGGAGACAUCUUCGUACGAGGAACAGGAAGAAGAACAAAAACAAAAAUCAUUACGAAUAAUUCAGAAGAAACGAAGAUGGUUAGAUCAUGAAUCUUGGUCUCUCAACAAUAGUAGUUGUAAGAGUUAUCUCAUGGAGAUGUGGGGUGAUCACCAUUGA